CCUCGACUACUCAUUCACGAACCCGAUCAUUCACACGCUUUUACUUAGGCAUUCGCCAGAGCCUACUAUCUCGUUCCUCUUUCAUCCAAGAUGGCGGGUGAUGAAAGCGGUUCGACGCUCGGGCAGCCUCACCUGGCUAAACAGGACCUCAACACUUUGAAUGUGUCCACCCUGACGCCCCUCUCUCCAGAGAUCAUCAGCAGACAGGCCACCAUCAACAUCGGCACCAUUGGUCAUGUGGCCCAUGGAAAGUCCACGGUGGUGAAAGCCAUUUCUGGAGUUCACACCGUCCGCUUCAAGAACGAGCUGGAGAGGAACAUCACCAUCAAGUUAGGAUAUGCCAACGCGAAGGUCUACAAGCUGGACGACCCCAGCUGUCCCAGACCGGAGUGCUAUCGGUCAUGUGGCAGCAGCACUCCGGAUGAGUUUCCCACAGACAUCCCAGGAACCAAAGGACACUUCAAGCUGGUCAGGCACGUGUCAUUCGUGGACUGUCCCGGUCACGACAUUUUGAUGGCGACCAUGUUGAACGGCGCCGCGGUCAUGGACGCAGCUCUGCUGCUGAUCGCGGGGAACGAGUCGUGUCCUCAGCCUCAGACGUCGGAGCAUCUGGCUGCCAUAGAGAUCAUGAAGCUGAAGCAUAUCCUGAUCCUGCAGAACAAGAUCGACCUGGUGAAGGAGAGCCAGGCUAAGGAGCAGCACGAGCAGAUCCUGGCCUUCGUGCAGGGCACAGUAGCUGAGGGCGCCCCCAUCAUUCCCAUCUCAGCCCAGCUCAAGUACAACAUCGAGGUGGUCUGUGAGUACAUCGUGAAGAAGAUCCCAGUUCCCGUCAGAGACUUCAUCUCCGAGCCCAGACUCAUCGUCAUCAGAUCUUUUGACGUGAACAAGCCCGGCUGCGAGGUGGACGAUCUGAAAGGAGGCGUGGCCGGAGGAAGCAUCCUGAAGGGAGUCCUGAAGGUCGGCCAGGAGAUCGAGGUGCGGCCGGGAAUCGUCUCCAAAGACCAGGAAGGAAAGCUGAUGUGCAAACCCAUCUUCUCCAAGAUCGUGUCUCUGUUCGCUGAACACAACGACCUGCAGUACGCCGCGCCCGGAGGCCUGAUAGGUGUGGGCACAAAGAUCGACCCGACGCUGUGCCGGGCUGACCGCAUGGUCGGCCAGGUUCUGGGGGCUGUUGGCGCGCUGCCUGAGAUCUUCACGGAGCUGGAGAUCUCCUACUUCCUGCUCAGAAGGCUGCUGGGAGUGCGCACAGAAGGGGACAAGAAAGCAGCCAAGGUCCAGAAACUGUCCAAAAACGAGGUUCUGAUGGUGAACAUCGGCUCGCUGUCAACAGGUGGGCGUGUCAGCGCCGUCAAGGCCGAUCUGGCCAAGAUCGUCCUCACCAACCCCGUGUGCACGGAGGUGGGGGAGAAGAUCGCUCUGAGUCGGCGUGUGGAGAAACACUGGCGUCUGAUUGGUUGGGGGCAGAUCAGAAGGGGCGUGACCAUCACACCCACAGUGGACGACGACUGAGAAGAGCUCCCAGCCGAGCCACUCAUCUAGUGUUUAUUUUGUUUUUAUUUGGCCUCACGGAGGAAGAGGACGAGGAAGAGAACCAGCAGGAACACCUGGGGAGGAGGCUCCUCUGUUUCUCUGCUCCUCCUGUCUGUUCAGCUGCAGCAGAGGAGCGCAGGAGCAGAGGAGCAGCUUUGGACUUGGAGAACAAUCCUGCAGCCUGCAGGAGUCCAUCAGUGCAGAGGAAACCCUGUGCUGCAGCAGAUGUCAGCUCAAUAAAGGAAAUUUCCAAACAUC